ACCUCAUAAUAAUAACUAUUUAAUCAUAUUUAAAUUGAUUUUAUCUUUUCAAGUAUACCAAAAUAUAUUCUUCAUAAUUUUUAAUAUAUUUAAUUUAUAUGAUAAUAUUUUAAAUAUAUUUUUCAAAUGAUUAUGAGCCAUACAAGUUAAAAGUUGUGAUAUUUUAUAAUUCUAUUAAAAUUGAUAUUUGAAUUUUUAUUUAAGCCUUAAAAAUGGGUGGGCCAAAAGAAGGUGUGCAAAAACAAAUUCAGCAAGAUUGGGCUAAUCGAGAGUACAUAGAAGUUAUUACUGGUAGCAUAAAAAAAAUUACAGACUUUCUCAACUCAUUUGAUAUGUCUUGUAGAUCCAGAUUAGCAAUCCUGAAUGAAAAAUUAACAACAUUAGAGAGAAGAAUUGAAUAUUUAGAAGCUCGAGUUACCAAGGGAGAAACCCUCUCGUAGACUUAAAAUUUGUGAAAUUUCUUUAUACAUUUAUAUUUAUUUAAUUGUAAAGUAUCAUUAAUAAAUUUAAGAGUAAUUUAUUAUUUUUGCUGUAUUAUUUCAACUUUUUUGUUUAAAAUUUUAAAAUGUACAAAAUAAUUUUUAAAUAAUUUCAAAAUUAAUUUCCUUUAAUAUUUAUAAUAUUUAUUUAAUAAUUAUAUUAAUAUAUUAUUUUAUAAAUUAUUUAGUGUUAAUUUAUUUCAUUUACACUUCUCAGAGGUAGAUGAUAAAUCAAAACAAUGUUUAUUUAUAUUUUUUAUUAUAUUCAAUAACUAUUAAUUAGUAUAAAAUAAACAUAUAAAAUACAUAUAUCAAAAUAAGUGUAAUAUUAUGUAAUGGAUACUAAAAAUAAAUUAUCUAAACUAAUCACAA